CCUUUCCAGCUCCCUCCCCUUUUCUCUAGGCCCUUCCGCUCCGUGCCCGCUGCUGGCAGCGGAAGUGAAUUGGGCGCGUAGAGAGGGAGCAGCGAGCCUGGCACGGAACGGGGAGGAUGAGCCUGGGUCGCUUCCACGGCUGCCGCCUUGAGGAGUCCAUGCCCAGGAAGUGAGGGCUGAGAAAGGGGUGGGAGAAGAGAAGGAGCCUUGGAGAGGCGCUGCGGGAGGGGCGCUCGGACUGUGCUACACCAUUUCCCCCCCUCGCUGAUGUUGCUGUAUGUGGGGGCAGUGGGAACAAAGCGACUGCCUGGAAUAUAGGGAUCUCUCCGCACUUUGCUUCUCAGUUCCAGCCCCAGGGCUGCUGUUGCUGUUACUAAAGUCUCGGUAGCCAUCAACCCAAGUGUGGUUUCGAUGGAAAAAUGAAGGUUGCACGUUUUCAACAAUUGCCUAAUGAUGAAAAUGAAACAAUGAUUCCUGUUCUGACUUCCAAAAAAGCGAGUGAAUUACCAGUAAAUGAAGUUGCAAGCAUUCUUCAGGCUGACCUUCAGAAUGGCUUGAGAAACUGUGAAGUUUGUCAUAGACGGGCUUUUCAUGGUUGGAAUGAGUUUGAUAUUAGUGAGGAUGAACCAUUAUGGAAAAAAUACAUUUCUCAGUUUAAAAAUCCCCUUAUUAUGCUUCUCUUGGCAUCUGCAGUCAUCAGUGUUAUAAUGCAUCAGUUUGAUGAUGCCGUCAGUAUCACUGUGGCAAUACUUAUUGUUGUUACAGUUGCCUUUGUUCAGGAAUACCGCUCAGAAAAAUCUCUUGAAGAAUUGAGUAAACUUGUACCUCCAGAAUGCCACUGUGUUCGAGAAGGUAGAGUGGAACAUACACUUGCAAGAGAUUUGGUCCCAGGUGAUACUGUCUGCUUGUCAGUGGGAGACAGAGUUCCUGCUGACUUGCGCUUGUUUGAGGCAAUAGAUCUUUCUAUUGAUGAAUCUAGCCUGACAGGGGAGACAACUCCUUGCUCUAAAUGUACAUCUCCUCAACCAGCUUCUACCAGUGGAGACCUUUCUUCAAGAAGUAAUAUUGCUUUCAUGGGAACACUGGUUCGAUGUGGAAAAGCAAAGGGCAUAGUUAUUGGAACUGGAGAAAACUCUGAGUUUGGGGAGGUUUUCAAAAUGAUGCAAGCAGAAGAAGCUCCAAAGACACCUUUACAGAGGAGCAUGGAUCUCCUAGGGAAACAACUUUCACUGUACUCCUUUGGUAUAAUUGGUAUAAUUAUGCUGGUUGGAUGGCUGCAAGGAAAGAAUAUCCUAGAUAUGUUUACGAUUGGUGUGAGCUUGGCUGUAGCUGCAAUUCCUGAAGGAUUACCAAUUGUUGUAACAGUAACAUUGGCUCUUGGUGUGAUGAGAAUGGUCAAGAAACGGGCUAUUGUCAAAAAGCUGCCAAUUGUUGAAACUUUAGGCUGCUGCAAUGUGAUUUGCUCGGAUAAAACUGGUACACUGACAAAGAACGAAAUGACUGUUACUCAUAUAUUUACAGCAGAUGGACUACAUGCUGAGGUUACUGGAGUAGGCUAUAACAGGUUUGGAGAAGUCAUGGUUGAAGGUGAUGUUGUUCAUGGGUUUAACAAUCCAUCUGUCAGCAGAAUUGUUGAGGCUGGGUGUGUGUGCAAUGAUGCUGUAAUUAGAAACAACACUUUAAUGGGAAAACCAACAGAAGGAGCUUUAAUUGCACUUGCAAUGAAGAUGGGUUUAGAUGGUAUCCAGCAAGACUAUAUAAGGAAAGCAGAAUAUCCCUUCAGCUCUGAGCAAAAAUGGAUGGCUGUUAAGUGUGUCCAUAGAACACAACAGGACAAACCAGAGAUUUGCUUCAUGAAAGGUGCUUAUGAAGAAGUGAUUCGAUACUGUACGAUGUACAAUAGCAAAGGGCAUAGCUUGCCUCUCGGCCAGCAACAAAGAGAUCUUUAUCAGCAAGAGAAAGCAUCUAUGGGCUCUGCAGGACUUAGAGUUCUGGCCUUAGCUUCGGGUCCUGAGCUUGGGCAGCUGUCCUUCCUGGGUCUGGUUGGAAUUAUUGAUCCUCCAAGAACUGGUGUGAAAGAAGCGGUCUCUACACUUAUCACUUCAGGAGUAGCGAUAAAAAUGAUUACUGGAGAUUCACAGGAGACGGCAAUUGCCAUUGCUAAUCGCUUGGGAUUGUAUUCCAAAACUUCUCAGUCAUUCUCAGGUGAAGAAAUAGAUGCAUUGGAUAUACAGCAGCUUUCACAAAUAGCGCCAAAGGUAGCAGUGUUUUACAGAGCUAGUCCCAGACAUAAGCUGAAGAUUGUUAAGUCCCUACAAAAUAACGGUGCAGUAGUUGCUAUGACGGGAGAUGGAGUGAAUGAUGCUGUGGCACUGAAAGCUGCAGACAUUGGAGUAGCAAUGGGCCAGACAGGCACUGAUGUUUGUAAAGAAGCAGCUGAUAUGAUCCUAGUGGAUGAUGACUUUCAGACAAUAAUGUCUGCAAUUGAAGAGGGUAAAGGAAUUUAUAACAACAUUAAAAAUUUUGUUAGAUUUCAACUUAGCACGAGUAUAGCUGCAUUGACAUUAAUCUCAUUGGCCACAUUAAUGAACUUUCCUAAUCCUCUCAAUGCCAUGCAGAUCUUAUGGAUCAACAUUAUCAUGGAUGGACCUCCAGCUCAAAGCCUUGGAGUUGAGCCUGUGGAUAAAGAUGUUAUUCGGAAGCCACCGAGAAAUGUCAAGGACAGCAUUUUGACCAGAAAUCUGAUAGUUAAAAUACUCAUUUCAUCUAUAAUUAUUGUAUGUGGAACAUUGUUUGUCUUCUGGAGAGAGCUGCGAGACAAUGUCAUAACUCCUCGAGAUACAACAAUGACCUUCACUUGCUUUGUAUUUUUUGACAUGUUCAAUGCUUUGAGUUCCAGAUCUCAGACAAAGUCUGUUUUUGAGAUUGGACUUUGCAGCAAUAAAAUGUUCUGUUACGCGGUCCUUGGAUCUAUAAUGGGACAGCUACUGGUAAUAUACUUUCCGCCACUUCAGAAGGUUUUUCAGACAGAGAGUCUAAGUUUACUAGAUCUGCUGUUUCUUCUGGGCCUCACCUCCUCAGUAUGCAUAGUAGCAGAGACUAUAAAGAAGGUGGAAAGAAUCAGGGAGAAGACCCCAAAACAUGUCAGCUCUUCAUCCUUAUCAUCUUUUCUUGAUGUAUGAUGCACAUUGCAUUUUUUCUGUUGCAAAACUAGAAACUGCUGUUUAUAUAGAAGGAAGUAACAAAAGAAGAUAAAGGGCUUUUGACAAGUCCUUCUGUUUUCACUGAUGAAAGAUGAACAUUGAUAAUUUUAAAGACUGUUACUUCCUCAGCUGGAAGUUUAGAAUUCAACAAACAAAAUUAUGCAACUUUGGUAACAUUUUUUUUUUCUUCUAAGACAAAAUUUUACUUUCAGAUUGAAUGGAACUUUGUAAGUGUGUGAGAGGUUAAUUUAAAAUAGAAAUGUCAAAAGCCUAAAACCCACCUUUUACUCUUAAGAGGUAUAUGUGUAUUGAAACAUGUAUUAGGUAUAAAUAUUUUAGUUUUUAUUUUUUUAAAAACUAUUUUAUGGUGGUGGUGGGACUUUAAAUAUUUGAGGCAUUCCAUCUGGUCCAGAAUGAAUUGCAAGAGUGCCAUAUUUCAGUUCCUGUAUUUAUUUACACUAUCCUGCAAUAUGUACCUUGUGCUACUUUUUUUGUAUACUAAGUUCUUUGCACAGGAUGUGACCACUGUCGGAUCACUGUCUUUUCUUUCUUUUUGUGAUUGAAAAGCCUAUAUUGCAAUUUUGAAGUAAAUGUCUGCUUUUCUUAA